UCUCUCUCUCUCUCUCUAACGGUCCGGAUCCAAAAUGAAAUUCCUGAUCUGCGUGGUGGUGGUCGCCUUGGCGGUGAGAUCUGCGCACGGACAGGACAAAAAGACAGACGAGCCGUGUGCGGGACGGGACUGCAGCAAAGGAUGCCAGUGCUUCCCGGAGAAAGGCAGCCGGGGUCGACCCGGGCCUCUUGGCGAUGUGGGUCAGAGCGGACCCGAGGGGUCCCGCGGCAGCCUGGGGCCUUCAGGGCCCAAAGGGGAGAAGGGACAAAUCGGCCUGAAGGGCCCGUCCGGCCCCAAAGGAGACAAAGGACCGAUGGGAGUUCCUGGGUUCAAGGGAACUGAUGGAGUUCCUGGUCACCCCGGUCUGGAGGGCGGCCGAGGCCCACCCGGUCUGGACGGCUGGAACGGGACCAGAGGAGAACCCGGGGACUCGGGCUACGGGAUCGGAACACCCGGAUACCCUGGACCCGCUGGAUCCCCCGGGUUCAAGGGCCAGAAAGGAGAACCUCGAUACGUCGGCGCUGACGGAGGCGGGAGUUAUCCAGGACCACCAGGACUCGACGGGCGACCUGGAAUCCGAGGUCCAGAUGGCCGGGUUGGUUCACCGGGUCCUCAAGGACCUGAGGGAUACGUGGGUCCUCCCGGCCCCCCCGGUCCUCAAGGGCUGAUGGGGAGUCGCAGCGACGGAUAUCAAGGAGAGAAGGGAGACAAGGGCGACUCCGGUCUCCCCGGACCCAGCGGCACCCCCGGCGACGGCUCGCUGAGAAGUGAACAAACUCUCACUAUCUACAAAGGAGAUAAGGGGGAACCCGGAUUCAAGGGCGUCCAAGGAUUCGCUGGACUCCCCGGUGCACCUGGGCCGUUCAGUUAUCGAGGUGAAAUCGGAGAGAAAGGGAUUCCUGGAUACCCCGGAGCGAGAGGUGCUCCAGGUUUCAACGGCCCCCCCGGCGCUCGAGGACAGCAGGGAUAUGGCGGUAGCCCAGGUUUCCCCGGGCAACCAGGAUACAUCGGUCGCAAGGGAGAACAGGGAGACCCCGGACCACCAGGACCCCCCGCCUUCGUGACAGAUCGGGGCACCUCCAUUCAAGGACAACCAGGUGACCCAGGACUUAGCGGCCGGCCUGGCGCCCCCGGCGACCAGGGAUCUCCCGGGUAUCCAGGACAACCAGGGCCACCAGGAGAAUUACUGGGUACAACAGGUACCGGUAGCUACCGAGGAUUCCCCGGCAGCUCCGGCCCCAAAGGAGAGAAGGGGAACGACGGUCUACCAAGCUACGGCCAGAAGGGAUACCCCGGCCCCUCCGGCUCGCCCGGACCCCCCGGCCUUCCCGGACCUCCAGGCCACACGAGCUCGGGAGGCGACCCCUGUGUCAUCUACCCCACAGGUCAGUCAAACACAGCUUCACCAGAGGUACACAAUGGACAGCCCGGGCUCCCUGGCUCCCCAGGGGAAUCCGGUGGCACCGGUUACAAAGGCCUCAGAGGUGAUGCUGGCGACUGUAAUUGUAGAGGAGGAGGCUCUGGAGGGUUCCCAGGGUUACGCGGCCCCCCCGGGGUCAAUGGCGGCCCCGGCUUCGAUGGACGCAAGGGAGAUCCUGGUGACCCCGGCUCCCCUGGCUUUGGUGGCGGUCAGGGACCUCCUGGUCGACCGGGCGGAACGGGUUUCUUUGGCCGUAAGGGGGAGAAGGGGGAGACUAACUACCGUGGAGGAGGUGGUGGAGUGAAGGGAGAAAUCGGAGCUCCAGGGCCCAGAGGACCCAUGGGUGAAACUGGAAAACCUGGCAGAGACGCACUACCUGGCUUCCCAGGUGCCCCCGGACCUCCGGGUGACAGCGGCUACGGCACAGUUGGAGAGAAAGGUUUCCCAGGAUACCUGGGGGCUAAGGGGCGUCCCGGAGAGCCUGGCUCUCCCGGUAUCACCACCGGCGGAUUCCCAGGCCUUAAGGGAGCGGAAGGAGAUCCCGGAUAUCCUGGGUUACCAGGGCCACCUGGUUCACCUGGGCCGAAAGGUGAAAACAGCUGUGGAGGGGUUUAUGACGGCGGAGAGGGAACGGGCCAAUAUCGGAAAUGUGACGACGCUGAUCCGGGCGACCCCGGUUACCCCGGUUCCCCUGGACGACAAGGCCGGAAAGGUGAACCAGGUGAAAAAGGUUACUCCACCCAGGGACGUCCCGGGUUCGACGGAUCCAAAGGAGACAGAGGAGAACCCGGUUCCGGAGGUCAACCUGGACCCCCAGGUUUCCCUGGACCCAGAGGUGAUCCUGGAGUUCCAGGUAUCCCAGGACAAGGUUUUGACGGAGGCCGGGGGAAGGAUGGCAUUCCUGGGCGUCCAGGAGCCAAGGGCCAGCCUGGAGAGGUACUGGGAGCCACGCCUGGUGCCCCGGGGCGUGACGGUGUCCCGGGAUAUCCUGGAGACAAGGGCCAACCUGGGACGCCGGGAGGACCUGGAUCACCCGGUUUUGACGGACGCUCAGGCGUUCCUGGACUAAAGGGAGAGCGUGGUGUUGACGGUCUUCCUGGUUUCCCCGGCUCCCCCGGACCUGCAAGUGAGCGGGGAGACGCCAUCCCCGGUCAACCGGGACUUCCUGGCAGCAAGGGACUGAGCGGACCACCAGGCUGCCAAGGUUACCCCGGGCGCAAGGGCGACAGAGGGGACCCCGGAUUCCCAGGGCCUGCUGGCAUGAAGGGAACCCCAGGUCUGCCUGGCACUCCUGGUUUUCCAGGGUCCAGGGGAACCCCAGGACCUCCAGGACCAGGAACUAGAGACGGAAUUCCAGGAACCCCCGGAAGGAAGGGUGACAGAGGUUUCGCAGGGCUGAUUGGUUUCCCUGGACUACCAGGGCGCUCUGGUACUCCAGGCUUCCCAGGAGGCAAAGGACUGCCCGGAGGGCCUGGAAGAGAUGGACUUCCUGGUGGAUCUGGAUACCCCGGACAGAAAGGUGAGCGGGGAUACACCGGCCGCCCAGGCUUGCCCGGCUUACCAAGUCCAUUAAAUUACUUGGAGAAAGGAGACCUCGGAAGCCCUGGAGGCAGCGCAAGUCCUGGCUUCCCCGGACCCAGAGGUGACAAAGGUCUGCCAGGUCAGCCUGGUCGUCAGGGUCUGCCUGGACUGCCUGGUUAUGCGGAGCAGAGUAAAGGACAGCCGGGUGAGUCUGGCUACCCCGGACGAGCAGGAAGUCCAGGAUACCCUGGCCCGAAGGGAGAGGCUGGAAUCAUAGGAUUCCCCGGCAUAUCCGGACCAAGGGGUGAUGAUGGUGCACCUGGUUUCCCUGGUAACCCAGGAGAAUCUGGUCGACCUGGGGGCAAGGGUAUAACCGGGGAGAGUUAUGGUGGUUAUCCUGGAGGUCCAGGUCCCAAAGGUCAGCCAGGAGAGCCAGGCUUCCAAGGUGGUCGGGCUAACGACGGCCUUCCCGGUGACAACGGCUUUCCAGGAAGUCCAGGUUACUCUGGAGCAAAGGGAGCUCCUGGUGAAGGAGGACGGCCUGGAAUAAUGGGCUCCCCUGGUUUCCCCGGACCAAAGGGUCAGUCCUUCUACCCAGGACGAAGAGGACAAGACGGGACCCCUGGUCUGCCAGGAGGUCCUGGAGGACCUGGAGCCAAAGGUUUGCCUGGACCCCCUGGUUUGGAUGGACUUAACGGCCUCGGAGGACCUAAAGGCCUCCCUGGAACUCCAGGUGGCAACGCAGGAGGUCGUCCAGGUACCCCGGGUAUUCCAGGGCUGAAGGGAGAGAGGGGCGUCUCCUACCCAGGAGCUCCCGGCUAUCCUGGAGGGAAGGGAGAGAGAGGACAGCAAGGUGGUCCUGGACUCCAGGGAUUCCCUGGUCAGUCUGGACUUCCUGGUGCGAGUAUUGGGUCCAAUUACCCCGGACCUACUGGAGAUCCUGGACUCCCUGGACUGGAUGGAGAGUAUGGUUUCCAGGGUCCUCCAGGUCCACCCGGCCCCCCUGGUCCAGGCACAGCACAGGGAGACCGAGGUGGUCCUGGUCUGCCAGGCUUCCCUGGCUCCCCUGGCAGGAAAGGAGAAUCUGGAGGCCCUGGGGGCCCCGGAGGCCCCGGUUUCCCUGGUAUCAAAGGGGAACGAGGUGAGAGCGGUUAUGGUGGAGGUCCUGGUCUAAAAGGUUUCAACGGUGACCCUGGUUACUAUGGAAACAAAGGAGCCAAGGGAUUGCCAGGGCGUCCUGGUCGUAAGGGUGCCCCCGGAGCUGUGGACCCGAGGACAGAUUUUCCGCGAACCUUCGGAGACCUGGGUUUCCCCGGCGAUAGCGGAUCCCCUGGCGAACCCGGAGUGUCUGGUCGCCCUGGGAUACCCGGACCCUCAGGUGCUAAGGGUCCUCCUGGCCCUGUGGGUAAACUGGGCAGGACUGGAUCUAUUGGUCCUUCUGGAACCGUUGGUGAGGGCGGACCACCUGGAUUCCCGGGGCCAACUGGAGACCAAGGUCAACCCGGUAACGGCGGCCUCCCCGGCCUUCCUGGUGGAGUUGGCCGCGGCUCCAGCAUCGGCUACACGCUGGUGAAGCACAGCCAGGACGCCCAGGUCCCCAUGUGUCCUCAGGGCAUGGCCAAGCUGUGGGAAGGCUACAGCCUGCUGUACGUGGAGGGGCAGGAGAAGGCCCACAACCAGGAUCUCGGUCAGCCGGGCUCGUGUCUCCCGAGGUUCAGCACCAUCCCCUUCCUCUACUGCUCCCCCAACGAGGUCUGCUACUACGCCAGCCGCAACGACAAGUCCUACUGGCUCUCCACAACCGCGCCCAUCCCCAUGAUGCCCGUGGCCGAGCAGCAGAUCCGACCUUAUAUCAGCAGGUGUUCGGUUUGUGAGGCGCCGUCUCAGGCGGUGGCCGUCCACAGUCAGGACAUGAACAUCCCCAGCUGCCCCCCCGGCUGGAGGAGCCUCUGGAUAGGAUACUCCUUCCUGAUGCACACGGCGGCGGGCGCGGAGGGCGGCGGUCAGUCCCUGGUGUCGCCCGGCUCCUGCCUGGAGGAUUUCCGUGCAACGCCGUUCAUCGAGUGCAACGGCGGCAAGGGCUCCUGCCACUACUUCGCCAACAAGUACAGCUUCUGGCUCAUCACCGUGGAUCCCAACACGGAGUUCCGCUUCUCGCCGGCGCAGGAGACCCUGAAGGGCGGCCAGGAGCGCUCCAGAGUCAGCCGCUGCCAAGUCUGCAGCAAGCUGUUGUAGGAGGAGGUGAAGGAUGGAGGAGCGGAGGGAGGUGAUAUGCUAACACUCCAAGGAAAGCAAAUAAAGAGGAGGAAAUGAGUUAAAAAGAAAUCCAUAAAAACCAAGAACAUGUGACUGACUGAAAACGAGUUCCUCUCCUGCUUCACCGAUGGUUUCACGACGGUGCGUUUUCAGAGUGUUUUUUUAAUGUUUAUCCCCGUUUAGGAAUGAGUGUUGGAUGGAGGAAAUGAAAAGAGAAGGGUUCACGCUCUUCUCUCGGUUAUCACUGACAAUGGUGCUAUUGUUUAUGUUCUUUUGUGUGUAUUUUGUGUCUCGUUAUGUUUUUUUGGGGCAAAAAUUGAUCAGAUGCGCAAAGCACAGUGACCUGAAUUAAAUCAAUUUUAAUUAAAUGUAAUAAAACAAAAUCCUCUUAACUCACUUACGCUUUCUCGAGCUUUUGCUUUUUCGAUGCAAUUUAUUCGAAUUUUUCAAAAAACGUUCAAAACCCUCAGAACAGUCCGUUAACUAUGCAUUUGUAUUGUCUCGUAUUCCUGUGAUGUUUUCACAUUUCACAUUUGGUGCUACACAACCCUGAGAGUCGACUUGAGACGCAGCCUUUAACAAUAAGUUGUCUAUUCUAACUGCAAUAAAAAGACAAACCUCUCCUGUAACAGCUUCAGUUAACUCCAGUCACUUGAAUGAGGCCACUCAUUUAUAUUUAUAUUGCACUGAUGUGAGCUCUUCUGGAUCAGAACGAUAAAAACGAGUGUCUCCUCAUCUUCACUUUCACAGGAUUUCCUUUUUAUGUUGUGACCAAACUUGUAUUUUCUUUUUUAAUCAGAGUGAACCCUUGACAACAGGAAACACACACACACACACACACACACACACACACACACACAUAUGGAUGAAUUAUUGCUGUACAUAGUGCUUACUGUAUUUCCCAGAAAAAUAUGUUAGCGCAAAGGUCUAUAAUGUUUAGCUCCUUGUUGUAUUUCGAUGCUCUCCCAGUUUCGUGCCUUUUCACUGUCUGC